AGGUGGCGGAGGAGGUGGGCGAGGGCGGCAGUGGCGUGCGCUGCGGGAGCCCCGGCGUCUUCUGCUGCCAGGAGGCCCUGUGCAACAUGAACGUCUCCGUGGAGACGCCCGCCAGAGAGGGGGCGCCAGCGGCGGCCGCGCCCGAGCCGAAGGAGCCCGAGCCGACGGCGGGGUAUAACGAGCUCGAGGAGGAGGAGAAGCAGGAGUGCGUGUGCGAGGGCGCCUCGUGUCUCCUGGGCAGCCGCUGCAUGGGCACCCGGUGCUUCGCGUCGCUGCUGCUCAAGGGCGACGCACGCGUCUACCAGAAGGGCUGCUUCACCAAGUACGAGCAGGGCAAGCUCACCUGCAAGACGCCGCCCUCCUCCACCCAGGCCGUGCACUGCUGCAGGGGCCACCUGUGCAACUUCAACCUCACCGUGGAGCUGCCAGUCAGAGCGAGCGACGGGCGCAGCUCGAGCGUGACCUCGCUGGCGGUGGUGAUCGUGGCGCCGGUCAUCGUGCUGAUCGUCCUGUCGGCGGUGGCCAUCCUGGUGUUCCGGCGCAUCCACAAGAACCAGAUGGAGCAGCUGACGGCGCGCGACGCCGAGUACGGCACCAUCGACGGCCUCAUCGCCUCCAACGUCGGGGAGAGCACGCUAGCGGAUCUGCUCGAUCACUCCUGCACAUCAGGCAGCGGAUCCGGCCUCCCCUUCCUUGUCCAGAGGACUGUAGCCAGACAGAUAACGCUCAACGAAUGUGUGGGUAAGGGGCGGUACGGAGAGGUGUGGAGAGGCCAGUGGCAGGGCGAGAGCGUGGCGGUGAAGAUCUUCUCCUCCCGAGACGAGAAGUCGUGGUUCCGCGAGACGGAGAUCUACAACACGGUGCUGCUGAGGCACGAGAACAUCCUGGGCUUCAUUGCCUCGGACAUGACUUCGCGAAACUCCAGCACGCAGCUGUGGCUGAUCACGCACUACCACGAGAUGGGCUCGCUCUACGACUACCUGCAGCUGAGCACGCUGGACACGGCGGCCUGCCUGCGCAUGGCGCUGUCCAUCGCCAGCGGCCUGGCCCACCUGCACGUGGAGAUCUUCGGCACGCAGGGCAAGCCGGCCAUCGCCCACCGCGACCUCAAGAGCAAGAACAUCCUGGUCAACAAGAACGGCCAGUGUUGCAUCGCCGACUUGGGCCUGGCUGUGAUGCAUUUCCAGGACACUAAUGAGCUGGACGUUGGCAACAACCCUAAAGUGGGCACCAAGCGCUACAUGGCCCCAGAGGUGCUGGACGACUCCAUCCAGAUAGACUGCUUUGAGUCGUACAAGCGCGUGGACAUUUGGGCCUUUGGCCUGGUGCUGUGGGAGAUCGCCCGGAGAACCGUCAGCAACGGAAUAGUAGAAGACUACAAGCCUCCCUUCCAUGAUGUUGUUCCAAGUGACCCCAGCUUUGAAGAUAUGAAAAAGGUUGUGUGCAUAGAUCAACAGAGACCCAACAUCCCCAACAGAUGGUUCUCAGACCCAACUUUAACAUCCAUCGCUAAACUCAUGAAGGAGUGCUGGUACCAGAAUCCAUCUGCAAGACUAACUGCAUUACGCAUCAAAAAGACUUUGACAAAAAUCGACAACUCUCUGGACAAAAUCAAAGCGGACUGUUGAACUCCUUCCAGAUGGAAGACCCCCUAAAGGCCUUUAACAGAAGUCCAGUCGGAGGAGCUCCUGGAGCGCACCGCACCGCACACCAGGACCCUCCUGGGAUCUAGUGCUCUUAUAGUGGCACAUUGUAUUUAUUUUAAACUCUCGAUGGGACACAUUUUGGCAUCCAAAGAUGGUGUAGUGGGCAUUUAAAAAAGAUCCGGGGAAAAAAAGACUACUGAUAGUCUUUGUUAUUUGGUGACUAUCCCUUUUACGACAUAGGAGCUUUCCCACAUAGUCAUAUUCUUCAAGGAAGAAAAAAACUGUUACUUGGGCAUUUUAGGAGAACGUAUCUUACACCUUUUUUGGUUUUGACACAGCUUUGAUUUGAAAAAAAAAAUGUCUGAAAAAGAAUUUCAUUUAGCAAUAUUGUAUGUGCUUUAUUUCCUUUAUUGCACUAGCAAUCUUUGCAUUCCUUACUUGCACUGUUACAGAUGCAUCUGGAGAGAAAAAAAAUCAACUUGCCAAAAAAGGGGAGUUCCUUUGUGUUUCACAAUCACCAUAUCUCUAUAGUAAUCAGAGAACACAACAACAACAACAACAACAACAACAAAGGAUCGACUUCGGCUGCAUCUCUUGCACUGGUGUUUACUAAAGGAUGUUCCUCUGCAAUUUACAACAAACCUGUAAUUUAUUUAACACACUAACAUUACGAUAGUAUCGCAGCUUUAGUCACUCUCUUCCUCCUUCCGAGAUGUCUGAUGUAUCCUGCUACAGAACAUUUUGUAUAUCACCAAGCAUUUAGCAUUAUGUAUCUGUUUUGUUUGUUUGUUUCAUAAGCUUUAUUUGAUACAGAUGCUAAAAGAGUAAAUAAAAAUUUACUAGAUGAUGCUGAACUCAAUAUAUAAAGUAAUGCCUGUAACGGUCUAUUGUCUUACUGUGUACAUUAUCAAAGUAAUUUAAGUUUUUUUAUUUUAUUUCAUCCAUAUUUUAUAUCAGUUAGUUAUUUCAAUUAAUUAAAUAGAAAAUCAAAUGCA